AUGGCCUUGAAAACUAGCGUAUCACGCUGGAGCCCCAACUGGAUCAAAGGUCGUAGCACCAUGGUCAGACAUUUUUACAAUUACAAGACGUUCCAAUUCGAAACAGGCUCGAAUGAUGAGUAUCUCGCAGCGCGCCCAAAUUCCUACUACCAGAAGAACAGGCCGUCUUUUAAGGGCCUCACGUACUCAAAACAGGAAGAUAUGCCCUCGUUGCCCGUGCCAGAACUUAAGUCUACGCUUGACAAGUAUUUGAAAUCAAUCAAACCUUAUUGCAACUCCGAGUCCGAUUAUGAAAAACAGGUGCAGCUCUGCUACCAAUUCCUAUCGAACCAGGGUCCGACCUUGCAAGAACGGCUACUCUCUUACUCAAUGGAACGUAGAAACUGGAUGCAAGAAAUGUGGGAUUCUCAGAUCUACUUGGCCGAUCGUUCGCCAGUAGUCCCUUUUGUCUCGUAUUUCUACGGCCACAAGCCGUUGGCCUCCACGCAUCGUGUAAUUGAUUCCGAUAUGUUGAUCAAGGCAACAGCCAUCAUCGCAGGCGUCGUCAAGUUUAUCGAAGCCCUAAAAGACGAAUCCUUGCCCGCUGAAGUUGUCAAGGACAAGCCGUUCUGCAUGAACGGCUUCCAGUACAUGUUCAACAACUCCAGAGUGCCCCAGUUCAACCAGGACCGAAACGAUUUUUAUUCGAUCUAUGAGCAUGGCUAUUUAACCGUCGCUUACAAGGAUAAUUUCUACAAAGUGUAUACCCACGACAGAGAAACAGGCUCUGUAUUGCCGGUGUCUGUGGUGUACAGACAGUUGAACCAAAUUGUUAACCAACUUGCCACGCAAGGAUCCAUUGUAGAGGCAAAUGCUGGCAUUGGAGCACUAACUACGCUUCCUCGCAAUGAGUGGGCAGAUGCAUACCAACAAUUGCAAGCAGACCCAGUGUCCGCUUCUUCUUUGCAGAUAAUCCAUCAAUCAUCAUUCGUUUUGUGUCUAGACCAGGAUGCUGCCCCAAUCACUUUGGAGGACAAAUCUAGAGUGUGCUGGCACGGUGAUGGGACAAAUAGAUACUUCGAUAAACCACUACAGUUUUUCGUCGCUGGAAAUGGCUUUUCGGGCUUCUUGGCCGAACAUUCUAAAAUGGACGGUACCCCAACUCUAUUCUUGAACCACUAUGUUAUGGAUCAGCUAGCAAAAUUGAACCCCGCUGAAUUUAUUAAGUCCUUACACGCAGGAAGUGCUACUUUAUACCCAGAUCUGAGGAGCGAGCAUUUGCAAUUUAUCAUAACUCCAGAGUUGAGCAAAACCAUUGAAGCAGCUAAAUUGCAAUUUGUAAACACCAUAGAACAGGAAGAUUUACGUGUGUGGCAUUAUAACAGAUAUGGGAAACGCAUCAUCAAGACAUUCAAGGUAUCCCCAGAUGCUUUUAUCCAGCAAAUUAUACAAUUGGCUGUAUUCAAAUAUUUGAAGAGACAGUUGCCCACUUACGAAGCAGCAUCUACCCGGGCCUUUUUUCAAGGUAGAACCGAGACCGGAAGAUCUGUCACCGAUGCAUCUUCUAAGUUUGUGAAAACAUGGGAAUCCACAACAGCUACUACUCAAGAAAAAGUUUCAGCAUUUUAUGAUGCUGCCAAGGAACAUGUUGAAUAUUUGAAAAUGGCUUCUAAUGGGCAGGCAAUAGAUCGUCACUUUUUCGGUUUAAAGAAUAUGGUUCAAGAGUCCGAUGCGCCAGUACCAUUAUUCCAAGACCCAUUAUUUAAGUACAGUUCAACCUGGUUGAUAUCUACUUCACAAUUAUCAUCUGAGAACUUCGAAUGUUAUGGCUGGUCUCAAGUGUACGAUAAUGGUUUCGGUCUAGCAUAUAUGAUCAAUAACGAUUUUUUGCAUAUUAACAUUACCAACAAACCAGAAGCUUCUGGUUUAAGUGCAAAUGAACUUCAUUACUAUUUAAGUCAAGCUGCUGAUGAAAUUUACGAGACCCUCUCCCAACACUCUUCUUCUAAGCCAAAUUUAUAG